ACAGAUAAUUGAAGCAGAAAACAGAAGGCAUUAGAGAGAGUUUGUUGGUGCAUAACUGGUUUGACUGUCAGAUUCAACAGGCCGCUUUCCAACAGAUAAUCAUGGACGAAGGAGCAUGGCUGGAAAUAAUGCAAAAAAUCAUAGGCACAUUCCCGAUCAUCUACAAAAUGGCUGAAAAUGUGAAGACCAACAAGGAGCACUGCCAACAAAUCGCCCAGAGAGUCAGAUCCCUGGAAGACCUGGUUCUCAACAUCAAACAAAGAAGACCAAGAAGGAUCUCUGCUGUUGUGCACAAUGCUCUGAAGGAACUCUGCAUCACUCUCUACUCAGCCCAGACACUGAUGAUGAAAUUCAACCAAACUCGUGGUUUUGUGGGCUUAGUGAAGUCCAUCAGCUAUAAAGACAAGUUAAAGGAUGUGGACAAAAGGCUAUCUGAUCACCUCCAUAUUCUGUCAGGGGCUCUACUGAUUGAACAGGGAAACAUGCUGAACAAAGUGUUUGAAACUGUUUCAGGAGAAGAGAGAGAAGAUGACGAGUAUUUUAGCGAAGAAGCUAGCUCCACCACAGCUAUCAUGCCUCCUCCCAGCACCACACCCCCCAUGCCAAUGUCAAUCCCCACAACUUCCAUGCCUCCUCCCAGCACCAUACCCCCCAUGCCAAUGUCAAUCCCCACAACUUCCAUGACUCUUCCCAACAUUAUGCACCCCAUGCCAAUGUCUAUCCCCACAACUUCCAUGACUCUUCCCAACAUCGUGCCCCCCAUGCCAAUGUCUUUCCCCACAACUCCCAUGCCUCUCUAUGACAUGAUGCACCCUAUGUCAAUGUAUGGCCUCACAGGUGGAAACAUGUCUCCAAUGCCUUACUUGGACUCAACUUCAGGCCUGGAUGAAUUAUUAUCUUUGUACAAUCUGCUGUCUGAUUUUUAA